UUGGGGUUGCGCACUCCCGCUACUCGGUGACGGUGGUACGACCCUCGACGUCCACGUGCUUCACGUAAACGCGUGACGUCAUUCCCCGGUUUCACCGAAGGCGGUGAUGUGGACGUUCGAAGAGCGUAGUACAGUACACAUUUUUUUGUAUUCAUACGCCUUUCAGUGGUAAAAUACUAUUUCCAGAUAUUCUACCGCUGCCUCACUCUCUCUCUCUCUAUUGUACUAUUUGUUAACUAUUGACCUGUAGAUAAAUACGGUCUGCGUUUCUGGUGCACAACGAUUGACAUGAUACUGUGUUAGUGCUGCUGGAGGCAGCCGAGAACUCGUUUUGCGUAGCGAAGCACUGCCUUGUAUUGUGUGGUGAGGAGCUAGCUGCGUACCUGCGAUCUUCUUGUUCCACUUUUUGUGCACUGUGUGUGUCUGAACUUUCCUUAUCUAGCUAGGUGAAGUGCUGUAUUUUAUUACUGUGAAGUGCAGUGCUCCCUCAGUCCGACAGCGACUGUUUCUCCUUGUUGAGAAGCUCGCUGCGUGGCCAGCCGUUCCACUCUUAGCAUAAAUGGUAGAAGCUGCUUUGUCGCGCUCAUCGCGGCGUUCCGCGCGGCUCCCCUCCGCUUCCGUCCCAGCAGCUCGCACCGUGUGAUCAUCGAAGCGCUCGUUUCCAGCGCGUUACUCGCUAACCGAGCUGCUUACGCAGCUGACUGUUAAGGUCCGCCGGGUGGACCCAGCAGCAGAAGCGAUGUUUUUCCGGGGACUAGGCGGCGGGACGUGCCGGCCGUGACCCACAUCCGUCGGCCCGGCGGCGCAGCUAGUCGGAGCACCGCAGCGAGGCCGCUCCCCGCCGGAGCUCGGCUUGUCCCGCCUUCCCGCAGGGCCACACCGGGAAGGAGCAGCCCGAGAGCCCCGCAGUCGUCCUUCGUCUUCGGACGCUUCCGUCCUCUGACGGCCCACUCACUGGUUCUGAUCGGCUCGGAAUCAUGAUGCCGAUGAUCCUGACCGUGUACCUGAGUGACAGCGAGCAGGCUGUGACCGAGGUUCCCAUUACACCUGAGACGACGUGCCGAGAUGUGGUGGAGUUCUGCAAGGAAGCGGGAGAGACCGGCUGCCACCUGGCCGAAGUGUGGCGGGGCAACGAGAGAGCCAUCCCUUUUGACCAUAUGAUGUAUGAACAUCUGCAGAAGUGGGGGCCCCGGAAGCAAGAGGUGAAAUUCUUCCUGCGACAUGAGGACACGCCCACAGAGAGUAGUGACCAGGGGAACCAGCCAGGCCAGGACCUGUCCAGCCGCAAGAGUGGGAGCAACCCGGAGAAGCACUCUGAGAACGGGGUGGGGAACCCCCGUGUGGAGCUGACCCUUUCAGAGCUGCAGGAGAUGGCCACCCGGCAGCAGCAGCAGAUUGAAGCUCAGCAGCAGAUGUUGGUCGCCAAGGAGCAGCGACUACGGUACCUGAAGCAGCAGGAACGUCGUCAGCAGCAGUCCCAAUCGGAAAGUGACAAGCUGCAACGGCUGAAGGAGCGUGUGGAUAGCCAGGAGGCCAAGCUGAGGAAGAUCCGUGCCAUGAGGGGCCAGGUUGACUACAGCAAGGCCAUCAAUGGCAACCUGUCAGCAGAGAUAGAACACAUCAACAGCAUCUUCCAGGAGAAGCAGCAGGAGCUGCAGUCUGCUGUGCUGAAGGUGGAGCAGCUGACACAGCAGCUGGAGGAACUGCGACGGGGCAAGCUGAAUGGCCUGCAAGCGCUGGGUGGCCAAGUUACCGGCUCAGCUGCCCUAGAGCUACGCAGGCUGUAUCAGGAACUGCAGAUCCGCAACAAGUUGAACCAGGAGCAAAACAGCAAGCUGCAACAGCAGAAGGACAUGCUCAACAAGCGCAACCUGGAAGUGUCGCUCAUGGACAAGCGCAUUGCUGAGCUGCGUGAGCGCCUCUAUAAGAAGAAAGCCGAGGUACCUCAGAAAGAGAACGUCACUCUGAACAGGAUAAAUGGUCCACCCUCCCCCCAGCUGGCCCCUGGGAGCUCAGGCCGGGUGGCUGCUGUUGGACCCUAUAUACAGGUUCCUGUGCCAGGCCGUCAAGAUGGGGGAUACACCAUGCCUCCAGACCCUCUGAAACCACAGUCACUUGGUGUGGCUGCAACUGUCAACCAUGCCCGUUCCAAAUCAGGGGCAGAGACAGAGGGCCACUCUGGGAGAAGGCCCCCCGGCCCGUGGAAGGUCUCUGAUUUAGACAUCAUAGUGGACCCCCUGUUGGCGUCACCACCUGAGCAAAGACCAGGCCCUGGGGUUCCCUUGGGGUCUGAAAGUGCGUCCCCCAAUGAUGCCAACUGGCCCACACUCAGCAAGGGCAGCUCUGCUCUCAGGCCCCCUGAAUGGAAGGACUCCAGCCUAGAAGCAGGUACAGCUACUGCAGCUGACAAGACCCUGGACUCCAGUAAGGUGACUGGGUCAGUACAAACCCUGCCCAAGUCGCUGCCACCCAGCUAUGGUACCUACCCUAGUGCAGGGCUUUUGUCCUCAGUUGGUUCCACCAGUUCCCUGGAACGCCGAAAGGACACCCCUCCCCGGGUUGUCUCUGGCAGUCAAACCUGGCAGAGGGGGGGGCCUGCUGCUGGUUCCUCCUCCCAGCAGAUCCAGCAGCGCAUCUCAGUCCCUCCCAGCCCUACUUUCCAGCCCAGUUCACCGCUCUUUCCUCCUGGGGAGAGACCGGACCCCCCGCUGGCAGCGGCUGUACGACCCUUUGUGCCAGACAAGAGCUCCCGACCACAGUCCCCUCGGAAGGGCCCGCCCACUAUGAAUUCCAGCUCAAUUUACCAUAUGUACCUACAGCAGGCUGCACCCAAGAACUAUGGACUGGGCAGCAAGCCGGCCGUCAAAGCAGUGUAUGGAAAGCCAGUCCUGCCGUCCAGCUCCACAUCACCAUCCCCAUUACCCUUCCUGCAGGGGGUAUCAACAGGCCAGGCUGGGGGCGAGGAUACAGUUGAUCGUGAUGGGGAUGCAGAGAGCAGUACCCCAGGGCCUGGGGAAGCCCCUCCCACACCAGGUGUGGAGAAUCUUCCCCGCCCACUGAGCCCCACUAAACUGACCCCUGUGGCACACUCUCCUCUGCGCUACCAGAGCGAUGGUGAACUAGAGGCCCUUCGCAAGCGGUUGGCUAAUGCUCCACGUCCACUUAAGAAGCGCAGUUCCAUCACAGAGCCAGAGGGCCCUAGUGGGCCAAACAUCCAAAAGCUCCUGUACCAGCGAUUCAACACACUUGCUGGGGGGAUGGAGAGCAGCUCUGGAGGUAAUGGCAUACCCUUUUAUCAGCCUGGUCUUGCCCCUGACUACAUGGGAGGGGUCCUGGCUGAUGCGGACAAUGGCAACACCCAAAAUGCCAAUCUGCCAGAGCCCCCAGCUCCUCUUGCAGUUCCAGAGGAGCCCCUUGGCCCGUCACCUGAUGCCAAUGACAACCAGCUGCUGGUCCUAUCCAGUGAGGAAUCAUCAGCCCUUCAGCCUACCCUGCCGCCAGAUACUUCUGAGGAUAACAGCAACAAUAAUCCUUCGGGGCCAGCUGAGUCCAUCGUGUCUAGCCCAAUUCCUGAGGCCAGCACCCCUGAGGAGUCAGGGACCCCACCUCAGUCAGCCACUCCCCCCUCGCAGCCUUCCUCACAGCCUGUGGUCAAGAGGACUAACCUGAAAAAACCUGACUCAGACCGGACAGGCCAUGGACUUCGGGUGAAGUUCAACCCCCUGGCCCUGCUGCUGGAUGCUUCCCUAGAGGGCGAGUUUGACUUGGUCCAGCGGAUCAUCUAUGAGGUCGAGAACCCCAGCCAGCCCAACGAUGAGGGCAUCACGCCCUUGCACAAUGCUGUCUGUGCCGGUCAUCACCACAUUGUCAAGUUCCUUCUGGACUUUGGGGUCAAUGUCAAUGCAGCUGACAGUGAUGGCUGGACUCCACUGCAUUGCGCUGCCUCUUGUAACAGCGUGCAUCUGUGUAAGCUUCUGGUGGAAUCAGGCGCCGCCAUCUUUGCCUCCACCAUAAGCGAUGUGGAGACGGCUGCUGACAAGUGCGAAGAGAUGGAAGAGGGCUACAUCCAGUGCUCCCAGUUCCUCUACGGUGUCCAAGAAAAACUAGGUGUGAUGAACAAAGGGGCAGUGUAUGCACUGUGGGACUACGAUGCCCAGCGUGCAGAUGAGUUGUCUUUCCGGGAAGGGGAUGCCAUAACCAUUCUGCGACGCAAGGAUGACAGCGAGACAGAGUGGUGGUGGGGCCGGCUCAAUGAACAAGAGGGCUACGUGCCCCGUAACCUUCUGGGGUUGUACCCCAGGAUCAAACCUCGACAGCGCUCCCUGGCAUAACCUCUCCCCUACCCUGGUGAGAGGGCGGUGCUGACAUGAAACUGGACCUAUGGGUGGUGACUAGACCCCAGUAAAGCCCUGUCUGUGUCCCGGCAUCAGGUCUUUGUUUGAAAGAGUGACAGAAGAUGGGGCAGACGUGGCUUCUGGGGACCACAGUCCGUGCCUGGAAAGCAACUUGGAAUAUUUUUUUUUUUUUUUUUUUCAUGGGCCUGACAGAGACAAGAAGGCAGAUUUCAUUACGGGGUUCUACAUCUGGUCCACUUCCACUCUGUUUGGGUUUCACUGCAAGGCUGCAAUGCUUUUUUUAAUGGAGAAUGAACUGUUAACACCCCUCCCUACUGCAAUAAAGUGCCAACAACCUGUUCCCCUCCCUCCCAGCUUGUAUGGACCCUCUUCCAGUUGUGUCGAGUUGGAGGAGUGAAUGCGAUGCAUGAGGUAGUGCAGGUGUGGCUCCCCUUGGGACAUCGAGUAGAGGGGCAAACUGUGGGUUCGACGGAGCACGUGCUGUCAUUUUGAGUGACGGGCGUAGGAUCGAGAGUCCAGAUGGGGGCAGGAGAGAGGAAGUGCAGGUGCAGUGAGGAUGGCUGUAGGGCUGGUGCACUAGAGAAGGGGACAUUGGCAAGGGUGCAAGUAUUAAUGUAGAGGGUGAUGCAGUGCAGGUGUGUGCAUGUGUGUUAUGAUGGCAGAGUGAUGUGGAGGGAGAGCAAGCUGAGUGGAGGAGGGGGAACGCCAUUGGGCCCUUGCAAGGCCACAGUCGAAGGAGGGAUGCAAUAAGUAACUACAGCUUUGCGUGCAAGAACGGAGCACUUUGGAAGACUGCUAAACUUGUAAAAGCUUUUUCACUAAAGCAGCAUUUUAGUGAAGGUUUCCAAUUUCUCCAUGCAUUAAAUUAUUUUACAUCUAGAAAACCAUUUAUAAAUUGCAUAAUAUCCACACAUUUUGCUUUUUUGUUUAAUGUGCUAUGUAGGUUUUGCCCACCCAUGGUGACAAUGUAAAGUGACUGACCACUGAAUACUUCUGUAAAUACUAUGCUGAGAACACCUUGCUGUCCAACAUGCCAGUUUUGUUUCAAGGGCAGCCACACUGCUUAUGCUGUGUUAUGUAAAUGUGCACAAUAAAAUGAUGCUCAGGCAUGAGCUGA